CGCCAUCUCUCCGCGCCGCGGCCGUGCCCCGCAGCAUGGCCGUGCCCGGGGAGCCGCCGCCGCCGCCGCCCGCCGCCGAGCUGCCGUCCUUCGCCGCGGCCCGCGGGCUGGUGGGGCGGCGCUACUCAUGCCUGGUGGUGGCGCCGCACCGCCGGCACAUCGCGCUGCCUCCCCGCUACCUCGGCCGCAAGCGCACGGGCAUCCGCGCCCAGCUGGACGCCGAGCUGCUGCGCUACUCGGAGAGCCUCCAGGGCGUGCCGGUGGCCUACGACAAUGUGCGGGUGGUGGGGGAGCUCGGCGACAUCCGCGACGACCAGGGCUUCGUGCACCUGAACAUCGAGGCGGACUUCGUCAUCUUCAGCCCCAAGAAGGGGAAAAAAAUGGUGGGUGUAAUUAAUAAAGUGGCCCCCAGUCAUAUUGGCUGUCUGAUACAUGGAUGCUUCAAUGCUUCUAUCCCUAAACCUGAACAAAUGUCAGCUGUAGAGUGGCAAGAGUUAGGGUUAAAAGUAGGUGAUGAACUGAAAUUUCGAGUAUCACACUUAGAUUCUGAUGCAGCUGGAGUGUUCUUCAUUCGAGGAGGACUGACUAAAACAAGUAUGCAUCCCAAAAUAUCUGAGAGCAUCACUGACUGUGCAAAUGGAGAGGAAAUUCAAAACCUUGAACAUGAGAAAAAUAGCUUGAAUGACUCUAGGGGAGAUAAUGUCAUGGAGGAGCCUCCAGAUGAGACAGAUAACACUGGGGGGGACAAUGCAGAAGAGCAAAGUGUUGAUCCUGUGAAUGGAAUAUGUGAUGAUAAAAACAAGAAGAAGAAGAAAAAACAUAAGCAAGAAGAACAGCAACAUGUAUUGCCUGCCAGUGACUCUAGUGGUUACCAAAGUGACCACAAAAAGUCAAAGAAAAAGAAAAGAAAGCAUUGUGAAAUUGAAGAAAGUGAAUUGCCUCAACAGCCACAAGAACCAAAAGCUAAAAAAAACAAGGACUGAAGUCUGAAGUGCCUUUCUUAAAAAAGAUAUCAGACAUUUUUGAUAAACUUCCAAUAAAACCCUAUUU